GGGCAACGAGCAGGCUAGCGGCGGUUCCCCUCUAGGCUUCAAAGAGAUUUUCAACGAACUAUCUCUUCAAGAAGGCCUACAUUCUCUCGACGAUAUUCUCAGCGUUAUCAUCGACCCGGAAGGAAUGUCUUUCAAUGAUCUCAAGCCUAUCUAUAAGGAGUUCCUCCUGAAACUCUCGCUCACUCUCACUAAAGACGAGCUGUACCAACACUCCAAGAACAUAAUGAAGAGGCAAAAAAAGAGAAUGGUACGAAGGAACAGCAUGGCAACUUCGAAGAAAAAUCAUCGUGUUCUGGUAGGUGAAAAGUUCCGGAGGCUCAGGCAUGUGUUAGAGGAACAUCAAAGGGAAGCUGGGAAAGAGGACAAGACAGAGUCAAGGACGAAGGAGCAGGGAGUUGCCUACUCCCGUGGAUGCUAAAUUGCCGGAAAGUUCAAUUUCGACGUCCUCGUACGAUACGAGGCAGUUCAAACCGAAAUCGGAAGUUAGUUCGGGCAAGAAAAAUAAUUACAGAAGGAAAAGCAGCGAUACCACGAAAUACAGAAGAGACCGAACGAGCACCAGCGAAGAAAGCGACUUUUUCUCUGUGAAACGCAACCGCGGCAAAACCAAAAGCAUGUCGCUAGUGAACACCCAGAACCGAAACUCCUCCUCAGGUUACGUCUCGUGCUCCGAAUGUUCCUACGACUCGGACACCUGCACCUGCGUGUCCGCGGACAAGUGCUACUGUUCUCUCGGCCACAAGAACUUCUACAAGAAGCAGAAGGGUGGUGAUUGUCCGUGCGAAAACAAUGUGACGUACUGUGACUGCGACACGGACUCCUGCACGGAGAGCAACAAGUGUUAUUGUACGUGUGGACGGCGGAAGUCGGGAGUGUUUGAGGAUCUGAAGAAGAGAGGGUUCAUGCCGGAGAGUAAACAGAAACAUAAGAAACUGUGUAAAAAGGUAUCGAACACGAAGAGUACACAAAGCUUGGAAUACAUACUAAACCCAUCCGAAAGCUACUACGAGAAGCUGAAAAACAAGAACAAAUAUGGAACUCGAAACUCAUUGCCGAGCUUGACAAACAGUACCAAAGUGGAUUAUGAGUUGCCGCACUUUGCAAACCAAGGCUUGAAUAACCUGCAGAGCAGCAUGGUUUACACAAGAAGGCGCAGCGAGCAUGAUUUGGGAUCGAGGGUGUUUUCUGGAAAAGGCGGUGGUAGCGCCAAUCUCAAAAAAUCAUCAAAUCGUAAGAUCCAAGCUACGACAAUCCCAGCGGAAACCUGUCACGAAGCCUUGUCAGUAAAGAAAUCCGCGGAAAUAGCAGCCUUGUUCACGGACGUUAAGCUCAGUCAGACUACCGACAUCACUCACUUGGCUCCCAAUUUCGACGUGGCAUCGGCCGUGGCUUCAAAGAAUUCGUAUAACAAGCUCUGCCAAGUCAAGUAUACGAAACCUUCGAGGAAUUCUUCCAGCAGAAGCGAAGAUAGGCCGAACUAUGUGCAUCUACAGAAGAACCAGAGUGUGCUCUAUUCAAAGGAGAUGUUGGUGUCCAAAAGCAGGAUAUGCAAUGCUAAGAAUGGUCUUUAUACGAUCCAGAGUCAGUCUGAUGAGUCUAGGAGGUCAAGCAUGAGUGAGGGCAAGAAAAUAAGGAGUAGUAGGGAAUUUUUGGACUUUGAUAAUAUGAGGAACGGAAAUGAUACGUUAGAGACUUCUUUGGGCUACUUACCUUGAUUGUACAUAAGUAACUGGGUAACCCACAAAUGUGUGUAAUAGACCCUAGGCAACAACUGUUGCCAAAACUGUGCAGGGUGAUUAAAAACAGAAUUUAUAUUGUGUCCUGUUCAGAGACGUAUCUAAAGAUGACGCCCACUGGAGCCCCGAACGUGUUUUUAUGGCUCCAGAGCAGACUAGACAAAGUUUAUAUUCCCAAAACCAGUAAGCAGCGAGUUAGCUCUCUUCUGCCGCUACACCAACGGUCUUUGCUCCUCAGAGCUCUCCUCCAUGAUGACCUCGUGCGAUGUGCCUGCCAGACAGACCCGCCUGACUUCGGCUUCCUAUCCUAACCGUGUCGAUUUUCGCACAUCCAGAGCUGGCCGAUAGGCGGUAGGUCUGCUACACGAACCCGCCAGACUUGUGCUGCACAUUCUUUAGUCCCACUGUGUCGAGAUUGUACUUCAAAUUUUAGGUAGUUCAAAAACCAGUUCAAUCAAAAAUCUCACAUCUUUUUAGCAAACGUGAUUGAGGCCGUAUCGUAUCGUUCCUACAAUUUAUUGUUGGACGCCAUCAUGGCCUCCUUGAUUUUCAUAGUCUUUUCUGUCCUCUCCGGAAAGGUUGGGGUAUUUAUAGAUUUCUACUGUUCCGUGUCAGCGUCAACGAUCUACUAUGGUAACGUUAUGUUUUCUGUUUGAACUGUAGGAAAUUUAAGGCUAAUAAAACAGAUGAUAUAAAUCAAAAGCAAGAACAAUUUGAUCCAAAUAGAUAUGUUAUUUGUGACAUAACCUCAAAAUAGAGCACAAACACGAAAACUAUGAAAAUCAAUGAGGCCAUAAAGGCGUCCAACAAUUGUUUUUUUUUAUUUUUUUUUUAUACUCCAACUACCACGAAGGCCUGAGGCCUAAGCACCCAUUUUGUACCGUGGGGCUAUGGGGGAUACAUGGAAAAGGGGGACGCCACACGGACUCUGGCGAGGGAACACGUGUGCAUGCAACAUGCACACAUUCUGGCUCCGCCUACGAGAACCGCCGGGUGGUACCAGGAACGACUGACGAUACGGUCUUUAGGUUUCUGUCGGCUGGUUGUUUCAGCAUAAAAAACACUUCCAGAAAAAUUCCUUAAUUGGGCCAAUCAGCUAUAAUGCCGUAGAAAAAAAAUGUUUUAUAUGUUUGAUAGUUUGAACGUAAUGGCAGCACAAAAACUUCCUUCAAAAAUUCGUAAGAAGAUCGCUGUCGACAAUGUGAUUUAUAAACAAAUCCUCCGAUUAAGCGCCGUCCGUGUUACUUUCAUUUGAUCGCGAAAAAUGUUUUUUCAGUCACUAUACCGAGACAUGCGAUUCAAAACGAGCCUACCUAUACCCUAUUUCACAAGUAUCCACGCUUUGACCGCAGAGUACUAUGAGAGACGACACUGUCAAAAAACAGGUUCUAUCAACGCCAACUUGAGUUCUAUGCGUUUGUUGGGAUUCCUGUUGCUGUGACAUUUAGGGGUUAUCCGUGGAAUGUUUUGACACGUGACCACAAUCUGGCUGAAUGCAUUUGGGGAAAUAAUAAACACAAAUUUCUUCAUAAUAAUCAAAUUCAAGUGGAUAACCAAAUGGAAAUGGUAUUUACCAUUUUCGGUUGGUAUUUACCGAUCCGUUCAAGCGAGUGUAGUUAUCAGUUUGGUUAUAAGAUCCGUGACGUCACGAAUCAGCUGUUAUAUGUCAUAGUUAUCACCGCAAAAUUGUGGUAUUUACCCAACUCAAGAGUAGUUUUAUAUUUCUGGUUAUUAUUUGAAAUGUGACAAGUUAGAAUUUUGCCGGGUAUUGGAAACUGUUAUUGUACUUCAGCUUCAUUUUUGAGAAAAUUGAUACAGGCUGACUUCAGUUUUACCAUAAAGUGGAGCACCUUAUUAGUUAUACUCAUUACGGUUGUUGGGGACACUCUAAAUGUAGUUCCUAUGCUUAACAAAGUAUCCUGUGUAGCCAUAUACCACAAGAAUAUUAAAAUAUGGCCAUAUAAAGUCACUAGAUGAUAUCCACCUGUAUACGGUUUUUCUAAUUUCUUUUUUCAUCAUUUCUGCUGAAUCAAUAAAUGUUUUCUUUGACAUGCGGAAAAAUUUAGAGAAUUGAAAGUUAUCAUAGCUACAAAGCCAUGGUUCCAUCAUUAAAAAAAACUGAAAGAAACAUUUCUCCCAUGAAUAUUAUGAAAGGUUUCUUAUUUAAACCUUCCACACACAGUUGUAGACGAAAAAGCACCGAUUAUUAAGUGAUAAUAUAAAUAAUCAGAUUAUAUACGCGCUUUUCUAAAAUAAACAACUUGCAACAAAACUGCGGUUAAAACCAACGCGUUCAAGCGAUUCGUGUAACUGACGUCAUCAACCCGUGUGUCAUCUUGAACCAUAUUAUAACCGCGGCACAUAACACAGAAAUUUUGGUUAUUCGCUUGGAUUUGAUUUUAGUCUGCAACGUUGACAAUAAUGAAUCGGGAGUAAAUCUAGUAAAACCUGUUUAUAGCGUUUCGUUCUUUGUAUGCGAAUGAACUUUUCUAAUUAAAAGAGCAUAAAAUGAAUCUGUAGCAUACAAAAAACCGGUUCUGCCUAGUGGGACGUUGACGGAUCCCUAAGAAUGAUGUGUCCUGUGCCGAUAUGUGGAAUUUUGAGAUAUUGCUAGAUAAUCAGCUGUCAUUCUACCGUAAUGGAUACUCGUGGAAUAGGGUAUAGCAACAUAUCGUAGAGCUUCACGAACAAAUUUGACAAAAUCUGGCUUUCAGAUAUUUAUUCUAAAUAACUUGAUAUGUGCAGCUCAGCGGGCUUCAGACCCAAAGUUCCCCCCGAAUUAGACUUUGUUCAAAGGAUGUUGGGCAUACUCUCCACUUCACAAGUAUUUCUUGAACCUCCUUGUUGUAACAUCAAUAGACUUAUUAAGAAGUAUUAGUGUGAAUUGUGCGAAUUCAUAUGGGUCUGCAAGGAUAUUGGAUAAGAAACUUAGGACAUACUUUUCAGAUGUUAAGGGUGUUAGUACGAUAUACAUUUAUAACAGUUCGAUUUAAUAUUUUCAUCUGACAGAAAUUUAUUAACAAGAUUUUUAUUUAGCAUCUUGGUUACGCCGUACAAAAUACCCGGUAGGUCCUAAGUUUCUUUGUGGGAUGGUGGGAUUUGAUGUAAUAUGGGAUUUAAUUUUAAGAUAUACUUUAUAAUACUUUGAAAUCUCUCGUGCAAUAUAUUACAGUGAUAUUUUGAAAUAAUGGUGCAAUAUUAUUUCUAGUUAACGUUUUUCGUUUUCUCUGUUAUAUUUAUAAUGUUAUGCGG